CGCAGGGCGGAUGGGGUACGGGCCACUGCCUUGGCCUACUCCUCCAGCUGCAGUGAUCACUGGCCGCCUUCCCAGUCGCUCCCAAGUCGUCGCGACAGCGGCAAACCGAUUCAUUGCCAUCCAUCGCCCUGCUUGCUCUCGCCCCGGCCGCUUCUAUAUAGCCCCGUCCUGCCGAUCACAUUCCAUAUUGCACCACCUCUCCUGUCCUCACCUCACCUCUCGCUGCGCUCCGGCGAUCGAGCUUGGCUAGCUUGGCGAUGGAGGCAGGGACGUGGGCGGUGGUGGUGGCGGCGGCGGCCGCGUACCUGGCGUGGUUCUGGCGGAUGUCGCGCGGGCUCAGCGGCCCCAGGGUGUGGCCGCUGGUGGGUAGCCUGCCGGGGCUGCUGCAGCACGCGGAGGACAUGCACGAGUGGAUCGUCGGCAACCUGCGCCGCACCGGCGGCACCUACCAGACCUGCAUCUUCGCGGUGCCCGGCGUGGCCCGCCGCGGCGGGCUGGUCACGGUCACCUGCGACCCCAGGAACCUGGAGCACGUCCUCAAGGCGCGCUUCGACAACUACCCCAAGGGCCCCUUCUGGCACGGCGUCUUCAGCGACCUGCUCGGCGACGGCAUCUUCAACUCCGACGGCGACACCUGGGUCGCGCAGCGCAAGACGGCCGCGCUCGAGUUCACCACGCGCACGCUCCGCACCGCCAUGUCCCGCUGGGUCUCCCGCUCCAUCCACCACCGCAUGCUCCCCAUCCUGUCCGACGCGGCGGCCUCCGGCGCGCACGUCGACCUGCAGGACCUCCUCCUCCGCCUCACCUUCGACAACAUCUGCGGCCUCGCCUUCGGCAAGGACCCGGAGACGCUCGCCCGCGGCCUCCCCGAGAACGCCUUCGCCACCUCCUUCGACAGCGCCACCGAGGCCACGCUCAACCGCUUCAUCUUCCCGGAGUGCGUGUGGCGGUGCAAGAAGUGGCUGGGGCUCGGCAUGGAGACCACGCUGGCGCGCAGCGUCGCGCACGUCGACCGCUACCUCUCCGCCGUCAUCAAGACGCGCAAGCUCGAGCUCGCCGGCAAGAGCGACGGGUCCACGCCGCACGACGACCUCCUGUCGCGCUUCAUGCGCAAGGGGACCUACUCCGACGACUCCCUGCAGCACGUGGCGCUCAACUUCAUCCUCGCCGGCCGCGACACCUCCUCGGUGGCGCUCUCCUGGUUCUUCUGGCUGGUCUCCACCCACCCGGACGUGGAGCGCAAGAUCGUGCGCGAGCUCUGCGCCGUCCUGGCGGCGUCCCGCGGCGCAGACGACCCGGCAUUAUGGCUGGCCGCCCCGUUCGACUACGAGGAGCUGGACCGCCUCGUGUACCUCAAGGCGGCGCUCUCGGAGACCCUCCGGCUGUACCCGUCCGUGCCGGAGGACUCCAAGCACGUGGUCGCCGACGACUACCUCCCCGACGGCACGUUCGUGCCGGCCGGGUCGUCGGUGACGUACUCCAUCUACUCGGCGGGGCGCAUGAAGACGGUGUGGGGGGAGGACUGCCUGGAGUUCCGGCCGGAGCGGUGGCUGUCGGCCGACGGCACCAAGUUCGAGCCGCACGACUCGUACAGGUUCGUGGCGUUCAACGCCGGGCCGCGCAUAUGCCUGGGCAAGGACCUGGCGUACCUGCAGAUGAAGAACAUCGCCGGGAGCAUCCUCCUCCGGCACCGCCUGGCCGUGGCGCCGGGGCACCGCGUGGAGCAGAAGAUGUCGCUCACGCUGUUCAUGAAGCACGGGCUCCGGAUGGUGGUGCGCCCGCGCGACCUCGCCCCGACCCUCGACGAGCUCCCCGCCGCGGCACCCGCCGUCGCGGCCUGCGCGUAGAAGAUCGAUGUGUAUGGACCCCCGGCGCCGUGCAUGCAUGCUCCACGUACGGUUCGUGCCAUAUGGGGAAGGUCCGGAGGACGAAGUUGGAAGUGGCAAGAAAACUGUGUAGAUACACGAGUCCAACACACCAACAGGUACUACUUAGUAGGUGAGUAUAUCUACAUCGGGAUAAAGGGAUCUGUCUAAAAAUAUCCAAAUCAGAAAGAAAGGGAAACACACAGGGGCAACAAACAAUAAUGCUCCUCUCCUGUACUGUAAUGUACUGUACUGAACUACGUGUGACAGAUUAGAAGUGUAUAAGCUCCAAAUUCGUCUGGGCGGUUUGUGUUAAUGCGCCGCCGAUUGUUGUUGUUGUUGGCAGGGAGGUUGCGUGUGCAAAUGCGAGGUGAAACAUACAACUCGAUCGAGUGAUUAUUUUC